CCGUCGCUCGGCUGCUGACCAGCACACAUGACGUCUCUCUUCGCGGCUCACACGAGAUGCCCGCGCUGGGUGUCCACUGUUUUGCGUCUUGAGUCCGAUUUUGACGGAAUCCAUCGUCCACUGGAGCUGCGCGUGCAGACGCGCACUCCGACCAAGCGGCUGGAGGUGCGGAUGGACGCGACGUACGAGCGGGGCCGGCAGCUGUCGCUGUACGCCGGCAUGCCGACCGGGCGGCUCAUCUCGGUGGUGGCCAGCAGGAACCUGUACGGCAUGCAGGUGACCGACGCCAGCCUGCGCCUCACGCUGGGCACGCCCCAGCAGCUGAGCGCCGUCCUGCUCUGGCGCUGGCAGAUCGCUGUCGACGUGCGACGGCGUGCGGUGGCGCGCAUCACGGCGCUGUCUGCCGACGCCCAGUCCUGGCUGGCCGACAUGACCGGCUUCGUGCGGGAGGAGGCGGCGCGGAACGAGCGCUUCAUCCAGCCGGUGCUGAGCCGGCAGUGGGUGGCCGUGGUCAACUACAGCCGCCGCGAGUACGGCACCGUAGCUGCAGACCUACGGAGUCUGCGCGACCAGUGGCAAGCUAUGUACGCCAGGGACGAACUGUUCAUGAAUACCAUCUACCAAGUGGCCAAGAUUUACCUGCAGCAUGGACGUCAGUCACUGACCGUGACGAGAGCGACCGCAGGGAAGAUCUUGACUGCGGUCAGGUCAGCUUGGAAAAUCGUCACGACAGAUUUUUCAAAAGGCCUUAAGCUUUUGGUCAGAGCAUGUCGGCUAUUCUCUGAGGCAGUGCAAGCAUACAUCAGUGAAGAAAUAGACGCCAUAAGCGCUGUGGCGGCAGAAGUUGGCCAGGCGAUUCAGCUUCUACUAGACACCGUGCAGAGCGUGGUGGAUGUCGUCUGGUCGUCGGUGGCCUCGCUGGCGUCCUCCGCGUGGUCGGCGGCCGGGGCGGCCGGCUGGCGCGUCCUGGCCGCUGUCCAGUCGGCGAUGACGCCAGUGUUGGACAAACUAGGCGCGGCAACAUCCUGGAUAGUGGAGAAUAUAGCAUCCCUGGCCAAUACUGCUAGCAGCGGGAUCGACGACAUCAGCAAACAUGUGAAAGGCGCUCUGUAUGAGCUUGCUACCACGUUUACUGAACAACUUCUAGACGUAUUUCAUCUCAACGAUGUGGGCUCAUCUACACCGGAGUGGAUAAAUUCUCUACCCGGCGUAGAGCUCCUAAGCACCAUUGCAUCGACAACCAAGAGAGUGGUCUUAUCUGCUUACAGCGGCAUAGCGACGUUCUUGCGCUACAACCAGGAAUUCCUCAAGGAGGCCUGGGCAGAAGCAGUGAAUCUGCUGUCACAGAUCCGAGACGAUGUGCCGCCUGUGCGUAUUCUCUUCGAAUGGUUUCAGCGCAUAUACAGGCAGACGUCCUGGAUAUGGGAAUAUUGGGAAGAAGGAAACCAGAUAAGAGAGACAAUUAACUGGGCCAUGAGCACAAUAUCUGGCUCAAGGAAUGGAGCAAAUGGCACAAGUGGGCUGAACAUCACGGAUAAUUCGUUUUUGAAGUUCUCACCCUCAACGGGAUAUGUGGAGGCAAAUUUGCCUCUUCCUGUAAAGUGGGAGAGCUUUAACAAGAUGCCUAUCUUCAACCCUGAAGAAUCCAAACAAUCUACAGAUCUGAGUUUGGAUGUCACCUUUUUCUACUACGAGCUGUUAGACUACAUCAACAAAGUAUCCCCCCUGUUGACAGCGGAUCUUUGGCUUCCACCUUACGAUGCCCAUGCACUUUUGGCCGGAUACCAGCACUUUUUGACUUUCGACAACAAGUUCUACGAGUUUGCUGGGGACUGCAGUUAUCUGCUCGCGGCUGAUCUGAGGGACCUGAGCUUUGCGCUCGUCGUGGACUACGAUUUAUCCCGCGGCCGAGCGACCGGGAGAUCCAUCUCAGCAUUCCAAGGCAAUCACACGCUUCGCCUCGUCCAGGGCAAGUCCCUGUUCCUGGACGACAGGCGAGUGGAGUUGCCUUUCCGGCUCGGCUCCACCGUCGUCUCCCGUAACGGUAGUCGCACCAUCCUCAACCUGGGGCACAGCCAGGUCGCGUGCAACGUGGCGUUCGACGUGUGCGUGUUCCACCUGUCCGGCCAGUUCCACGGCCGCACAGGAGGCCUGCUGGGCACCUACACCAACGAGGCAGUGGACGACUUCACCUCGCCAUCUGGUCAGCUGCUGACACGUGUCGACAGCUUCGCCCGCACGUGGGAGGUGCGUGGUGAGCGACGCUCCUGCCGGGUGAAAAACCUGGCCCUGCGGGCUCCCGCAUCGGGCGACCAGCGCGCCGUGGCCGCGUGCAAGGCGCUGUUCGACCACCCCAGGUCGGCUCUGCGACCGUGCUACGGCAUCGUCAACACCGCGCCGUUCCUCAGGAUGUGUCUGAACGACCUGGAGGCGAACUUCAACUCGCCGGGACGGUACCUCAUGGUGUGCACGGCGGCCGCCGCCUACGUCACCGAGUGCGCGUCCAACGGCGUCGACAUCUGGAUGCCACCGAGCUGUGUGCGCUGCGAGCUGGAGGAUGGCCAUGUGCUGCAGGCAGCUGAGACAAAGCUCUAUCGGCUCAAUGCGCCUCGUCUCGCAGAUGUGGUGAUUGUCGUCGAGAUGAAGUCCUGCCAGCGAGGUCGAAGCUUCCGGCGAACAAUUAGAUCCAUCGAUGACUUUCUGAGAAGGCGCGGUAUGUCUCAGAGCCGCUUUGCUAUCAUUGGGUACGGAGGCAACGACAUCUAUCGCCUCCCUCACAUAAAGACCAUCAAGGGGGAAAUCUGGGGCACCAGCCAUACAACAGGUAGGGCUCUUGAUCACCUGGUGCGGAACCUUUCAGGCGACAGUGAUGAUCCGAGUGAAGUCUUUAGCGCCAUCCGCGAGGCGUGCAUGCUGCCGUUCCGAGGUGGUGUCAGCAAGCAGAUCGUGGUGUUCUCCUGCUCGGCGUGUCCGUACCGCGAGCAGGAGUUCCCCUUCACACUGAAGGUGCUCAACCUGAUGGACGUGAAGCUGAGCUUGGUGGCCGACACGGCGUUCCACCUGAAGAAAGCGUCACGGCAGUACGACUCGAGCGUGGUAGCCGUGGGUGCCAGCCUGGCUUACACCACCAAGGACCUGCAGAGCAGUCGGCGCGCCGGCGACAGCCGGCUCCACCCGUACGUGCUCAUCCCCAAGGACCUGUGCUCGCCGUUGGCCAUCGAGACAAACGGCACCGUGUUCGACGGUCGGCGCUGGAGCAAGCCGAUGCGCGACCUGGUGGCCGAGGUGGUGGCCGGUGCGGCCGAGCCGAGCCCGUGCCAGGAGUGCGACUGCUUCGCCGAUCGCGACGGCGUGGGCAAGCUCGAGUGUCGCACCUGCAUAUCACGCACGCUGCAGGGUCUUCUCAGCGACUUCGAGCCUGAUCUCAGCGACAUGGAAAACACCGUCUGGUUUCAGGACUACGAGACCUCCAUGAGCGUUGACGACAGCUAAACACCGAGUGCAUGAUGCUUAUAUUAGAGCUGUGCGGCCGCACUCUUGUUCCUUGACGACGCCCAUGCAUGCCUGGACCGUGGCAGCAUUAGCCGAUAGUUUAUGUUUAUCUUAUGAUGUAACUUGCAAAUGUCAGGCAAUUCCUUGUGUAGAUAUCUGUCGAUAAAGUCAUCGCCGACGAUGGAGGAUGGACUAGUUUAUGGUCAAUAGCAAGGUGUCUCUGUCCACAAAGAGCAAGUGGACUGCAACAAAACGGCAGGUGCGAUCCGUCCUCUCAUUUUGGAAUUAAUCAAGAUCAACCUGGUCAUUUCAAACACUGUAGGUUUUCUUUACCGCUGGAAUUCCGCAGCAUCAUGACGUAACUGGGAUGGCAGCAAUCGAAAUAGCUGACGUGUGAUAAUGUGAAGAUUAGCACGGCAGAUGCCCUGGAAGACUUGUCUAGAAUUGUGUCUCAACGGUGUCCUAUUUCGAAGCAAGGUGAGCGUGAUACAUGACCAAAAGCAUGCAUAAUCUUGCGUGCCCUAGCGCCAGCGACAUCGGUACUAUUGGAAGUAGUUAGGUCAGCGAGAAGCUCACACUGCUAUGAAUAAACAUGGUCUGCGACUAGUUUCGAGCGUUGUGUCUUGUGUCACUCUGUAUGCCAGUUGUUUUGCAGAGGGGUGAUUAACACCAACAGCCCGCCAGUCUACU